GUUUCUACAUUGAUUUAAUUUUGUUAAUAUACCAUGUCCAAACUGGAAAUCCUGAAACCAAGAGAAAGUGGUAAAUACAUUGCUGACAAUGCAAAGUAUGUGCAAAUAAAAUAUGCUGGCAUCAAAAGGCUGGGUGAUGAGGUUGUUACCAAGAUAAAUUCUGGUGAAUUAUCAGUGGACCUCUUUAGCCAGGCAGCAAUUCAUCCCAAAUCUACAGAUGCAUGGGCCCAGGAUUGGCUUUUUGUUGUGGAUACGCUUAAUUUCUGUUUCUGGUCCAGAGAACAUGAAGAGGGUUGGACUGUAGAUGGAUACACUGGGUAUUUUGCACUAUGUGCAGCCAUUAACAGAGCCAUGAAAGAAAAGGUUGAUAUUCUCAAUCCUAAAUUCUACUCCACCAUCACCCAUCAACAGGCGGAAUCCCUAUUUCGGAGUGAUAAUCAAGUAAAGAUACCAUUGUUUGAAGAAAGGAUUACAUCUUUGCAUGAAGUUGGCAGCAUUUUAUUCGAAAAGUUUGAUGGCAGUUUUGAUAAUGUUGUAAAGCAGGCGGAGAAAAGUGCUGUUAAACUUCUACAACUUAUUGUCCAAAACUUUCCAUGCUUUAGAGAUGAAGCAGUCUAUAAGGGAAAGAAUAUUGCUAUCUAUAAAAGGGCGCAAAUUUUAGUUGGUGAUAUUUGGGCCUGUCAUAAGGGAAAAGAUGUAGGAGAGUUUGUUGAUAUUGAUGAGAUUACCAUGUUUGCUGACUACCGGGUACCUCAAUCAUUGCUAGAUUUUGGUGUGUUUGAAUACACAGACGAUUUACUACAGAGGCUAAAACAGACUGAAACACUGCCAAAUGGGGAUGAAAUGGAGGUCGAGAUUCGAGGUUGUUCCAUUCAUGCCGUUGAAUUGAUAAAGGAUUAUGUAAACAAGAUUUUACCUGAAGGCAAAAAAGCCAAUGGAAUCUUGCUGGAUCAUUUCUUAUGGGACUACAGAAGGCAACAUGCUAAGCAAAUUCUACAGAAAAAGUUACCAUUCCAUAAAACUUAUUGUGUUUACUAUUAAAUUUAUUUAAUAAACCAUUUUCAAGUCCA